AUGAGAGAGGAUGAGUUGGGCUGUGAGGUGCAGGAGGAUCAGGAGCUGGAGGAGAUCAGCAGGAGGCUGAUCGUCCAGGAGGAGCUGCUCUUCAGUCACAACUCUUCCUCUGAGGACGAGGACCAGAUGCUGAGAGAAUUCGAAGCUCUGAAGCUGAAAAUAUGGAUGGCCAUCCACAAUACCUUCCCCUCGUCCUCGUCCUCAGGACAGCUGGAUGUCCUGAGGAGUGCCGUGGCUUCCAUCCAGCAGCAGGAGGCGCAGGACCAGCGCUGGACAUGUCGUCCUCACGACAGACUCCCAGUGUGGCGUCCUCUUAAUUGUGUCAGAACUCACAACACUCUGCUGCAGAACAUGGUGGCGUCCAGACUGAGGCAGGCUGCAGAGGACGAGUCGAGUGGAACCCACAGUCUGUCCUCACCCAUGAAAAGACAGGUCUGUCGUCUGGGGAAGCGUGUGAAGGACGACCUGCUGACGGUGGCGAGGACAGUGAAGGGUUGUUACCCUCCACACAUGGACAUCUUGAACAUCUAUGCUGGAUUCUACCAUCAGAGCUUCUCUGCUCGACUCACUGAACUCGCUGCUUCUGCUCUGGGACCCGAGGACGUCAGCUACCUGCUGCUCUGGGUCAAUGACUGCUACCCACAAACGGUUCUGAAACACGAGGACCUGGAUGGAAAGAUCAAGACGGCCUGUCUGGGUUCUCUGCUGAGGAGCGAGCACCUGGAGCUGCUGGAGGACCAGUACCUGAACCACAGAGAGGACCAAGUGAAGCUGUGGCUGAGGACAGCCUUGAAGAUAGAAGAGGACAGCUGGUGGAGAGGAGACACACCGGAGCUCAUUGACACCUACUACUACAGUCCACUGGCUGCUGAUGUCAUACAGGUGAUCAGCAGCUCAGUGACUGAGCUCCAUCAUGUGAUCAGAGACCAGAGCAGGAUUCAGAGGAUCAGCGCUCACCUGGAGAGUUUCCUCCACAGCUACGAGACGAGCAUGAAGGAGUUUGUGAGGAGGAACCAAGGUAACGUGGAGUCAGUGGUCAAAGCUCACCUGGUCUGUGAGCAGCAGUUCAGGAAAUACAUCACAGAUCCGACAGGAAGUCUGACUGCGCAGCAGCAGCGUCACUGUCUGGACACUCUGUCUGCCCUGAGGGAUUGUGGGUACAGGUAUUUUACCUGUCCCAUUCACAUCCUGCUGAAGGUGUGUUACAGUCACCUGUGGACAUCUGUGUGGUUGGACGGGGAACUUCCUGUUGUCGACUCUUUGCUGAGCUCUCUGAGCCGGCAGCUGAUGUCCCUGACCGACCUGAACGCAACGUGCAGAGAGUCUCUGCUGACCGUGGUCCACCAGGAAGUGGUUCUUCAGUACAUGAAGAGGAUGAUGAAGACCAAGAUGAAGAAAAGAGAGCACCAGGUGGGCGGAGCCCAGCGGAUGAAAGACGACGCUCAGAAGAUCAACGACUUCUUCAGAGAUGGGGGCUGCAGCGCCCCCCCCUGGCUCGGAGACGUUCUCUGUCGCGUGGCGGAGGUUCUCCGUCUGCAGGAACCAGGAGACGUUCAGCUGGAGCUGCUCAGUCUGGCUAGAACGUUCCCCGACCUCAGUGACGCUCACGUGUCAGCGCUGCUGUCUCUGAAAACCGGCCUAUCAGCUGCUGACGUUCGCUCCAUCAGGCGGAACCUGGAGGAGAACCGCCUCCUCGAUGUCUCCACCAGUCACAGCCCUCCAUUCUUCUCCAAGGUCAAAGUCAAAUGGAUCAGUAAUAAGAUCAGUCAGAUCCGACUGUAG